UCGCACAUUUGCCGUCAGUCGUCAGAGGAACUCAGACUCAGCGCGCUUGUUUUUGUUCCAGAAAACCGCAGUUUUGCUUUUCUCUUGUCCCUUUUGUGAAAUAAAAAGCGGCAGCAGCGGAAGGUUUUGUCACUUCUUUGUGCCGUUUUGUUGUGAUCGACAUGAAGAAACGCGGAAUUAAGCGUCCAAAGUGGCUGAAGGACUGAAGAGGGUUGCCUCCUGCUCUCACUCCACCACACACCAGCACGCUUGGACGCAGAGCUGCGAUGGCCAAGUGGCUGAAAGACUACCUGAGCUUUGGCAGCAGGAAGGUGCCCCCGCAGCCGCCCACGCCAGACUACACAGAGAGCGAGAUCCUCAAAGCCUACCGGCUCCAGAGGGACCUGGACUUUGAGGAUCCCUAUGAGGACUCUGAAAACAGAUCCAGGGGCGAGUCUCAGACUUCUGACCCCGCCACACCUGUGUAUGGGUCUCCCAUGAAGUCAUCCACUGUGGACCUGAAAUCUCCCAAACACAGGCUGAUCAAAGUGGACUCCCAGGAGCUGGGGCGCACCAAGAUCCUGCUCAGUGCCAUCUCUUUGGAGGAUCAGCAAGAACCUGUGGUUCCAUCUGCUCCAUUGGCAGGUGACACAGAUUAUUCUGACCCAUUCGAUGCUCGCUUGGACCACAGGACAGAACCAGAUCUCAGACCUGUUCCCUGCGAGAACAACGGCUACAUGGAACCGUAUGAGGCCCAAAGGGUCAUAACAGAGCUGCAGCGAGGUCCAGGAGGAGGACGGUCGCGGGGGGGUGUACAGCUCUAUGACACCCCUUAUGAAGACGAGCGAGGCCAGCGCCUGGGUCUGUUGUAUGGAGAACCCCAGGAGGAGGGCAAGGAAAGCAGCAGGCUGCCGCAAGAUGAUGAGAGACCGGCUGAUGAGUAUGACCAACCCUGGGAAUGGAAAAAGGAUCAUAUCUCCAAAGCUUUUGCAGAAAUGAGGGAGUUGUCGGAGUUGCCCUGGCCUGCCCCAGUGGGUCAGCUGGAGGAGGAGCCCCCCGUCAGAGAGCAAGUGCAGUUUGAUGGCGCAGAGUGGGACCGUUCCUCGUCGCCCACAGAGCGGUUGCGUCCUCCGGGGGCCCGGUCCAGCCCGCUGGCAGGAGGGGGGAUGAAGUUUAGGAUGCCCCAGGAAAGCCACGCCAUGGUUGGGGAGAGAGUAGACCCAACUCUGCCUCUGGAGAAGCAGGUGUGGUACCACGGCUCACUGUCGCGGUCGGAGGCAGAGUCGCUGCUAACACUGUGUAAAGAGUGUAGCUACCUGGUGAGGAACAGCCAGACCAACCGCUCUGACUACUCUCUGUCCCUACGGAGCUGCCAGGGUUUCAUGCACAUGAAGUUCACCCAGUACAAAGACGGCAAGUACGUGCUGGGGCAGAACAGCCCCCCCUUUGACACCAUCCCAGAAGUCAUCCACUUCUACACCACACACAAACUCCCGAUCCGAGGCGCCGAGCAUCUGUCCCUGCUGUUCCCCGUGCUGGUGCAGACGCUCUGACGCUCCUCCUGGACCUGCAGGAUUUUCAUUGUGGCCGGACACGUAAAACUUGAAUGUUUUAUGGGAUCUUCCCAGUGGAGAACCAGUGCUCUCUUCUUGUUGGACUGGACUGCUUUUGAUGAUUCAACACACCAGGGGCUAAUGCCCUCACCCACCACUGCUGUUGUACCUGUGCCAAGUGUCUCUAACAUCCGGGGGAUCCAUUCACAUGAAACGCAAUACCUGAACUUUAGGCCACCUUUGCUCUAACUCCUCUCCCUCUCUCAUCUCCGUGCUGAACUGAGGGGGCUGACUUCAGGACAUGUGAAAUUCUCCCUCUCCUUAUUACAUGUCUUUCACAGCUGACUGAAAUGCAAAGUACGUUAGCCGAGCUGUAGCUGGGAGACAGCCUGUAUCACCUGAAUGUACUGAUGCCCCAGUUUACAGGAGCUUUAAUUACUGCUGUUCCACAAUAAACACCUCAUUGACACUGGUUAAAAAUAUUGCUGUUGUUCGGUGAAAACCUCACUGGUCGCUGAUUUUUCAUGUUUAUAUGAAUCAAUAAAUUUUACUGUACAAGAUGAGAAACCUUUUUCAUCCUUGGGCUCGGGAGACCCUUUUGUAAAUGCUGGAAAAUUCCCAUUUUCCACUCAAAAAGACGAAUGCUAUUUUCAAAGAUUUAAGGUUUUUACCAACAGCAGUUAUAUUUCAGAUGCUUUUCUACACAGACACACCUGCUCAUUCUCACCCAGUCUGUCCUGCACUGUCAUGCUGCUGUACGCUGAAAGAUUUGCUUGACACAUCUCCAUGUUGCUUGUUGAUUGUUCAUUGUGAGUAACAGACAAGCUGUGUUGUUGUUGGUACUUGUGUUGACCUCGCUGACCUGUAUCUCUUGUUUGUUGCUUACAUUGCAUUUGGUAGACAAUGCUGGGUUUGUAAAAAGAAAAAGAAAAAGGCCAAGCAACCUGUCACUGCUGUCACUGUCUCCUCACUGACGAGCUGUAGGCUACAUCUGACGCAAAGAGACACUAAUCAGGAAACAAGCAAACUCUCAAACUGUGGAACUGUUGGCCGCGUCCUCACACUUCCUACAUAUUUGAGCGAAGAUUUUCCAGCUGGCCAAGUCAUUACAUGCUGGUUGGUGAGUUGUAUUAGAGUUAGAUGCUUGCCAUCUGGAAUGGGUUUCCAUAUCUGCUGCCUGGUUGCAGCGUUGUGUGGGAACAACUGAUUUUAGAGGAGUGCCAACUUCUACGGAACACAUUGGAAAUGACAAAUGGAAAAAAAUUAUUUAAAUCAUUACUUCUGAAUCCAAAAUUGACUGGGUUGUAUUAAUUAUUAUUGUGGCCAUUUUCUGUCACCAAUAAAAGAUGACAGGAUGUAUAAUUUA